AUGGAUUUACGGAAGUGUAAAUGUCACAGACUAGUGGUUAGCCUUAGUGAAACGUUAAAGAACGAAAAUUUUGAAUUGCAGUUUCGGAAGGCUGUACAAUGUAUUACCGAAGAAGAAUUGAUGAAAGUUCAAAAGUUUCGAUAUCAGCAGGAUGCGUUGGCUUCCCUGUUAGGUCGGUUAUUCUUGAGACAGGCUACAAAACGGUUGUCGGGAUGCGAUUGGAAAGAUAUUGAAUUUGGUAGAACAGAAAAAGGAAAACCUUACCUAAAAAAUCCACCAAACAUUAAGUUCGGUAUUAAUGUUUCACAUCAAGGUGAUUAUGUUGCAUUUGCUAGCAGCUGCACUCCAAAGGUUGGUGUGGACUGUAUGAGGCUAGACAAAGAACGAAAUAAUAAAACUGCAGAUGAAUACAUCAAUUCUAUGGCACGUUCAGCAAGCUCUGAGGAGCUGCUGAUGAUGCGCUCACAACCGACAGAAGCGAUGAAAAUGGCAUAUUUUUAUAGAUAUUGGUGCUUGAAAGAAGCAAUUCUUAAGGCUACUGGAGAGGGACUGUUGUCAGACUUGAGUCGUCUGGAUUUCCGUAUUGAUAAAGAUGAACGGUACCAUCGAAAAUGUUUCAUUACUUCAACAACGGUGCUUUUGGAUGGUAAACCACAGGAUCAGUGGACGUUUGAAGAAUCUUUUAUUGACGAUAAACACGUCGGCGCUGUUUGUCGAGAGAAAAUUAUGCCACGUUGUUGUAUGUUUCGUGAAGACCCAGAAGCGCGACUUCACUUUGGUCAUAUUAACGUAGAGUUUUUGUUGGAUGGUGCUACUGUGCUCAAUCCUUUGCCAUUCGAUGGUGCAAAUGAAUGGGACGAUUUUAAAGAAAAGCUGAAGAAGACAUUUUAA